AUGGUAAAAUCAAAAAAACAACGAUCUCUGCUAGCUUCUCGAUUUGGGUCUAAUGAAGACAAGGAAACACAGGAAAAUGAAAUUGAAGCUUUGAAAGCACCAGAUAUAAAAAUUGAAAAUGCACGCGGUCUUUCAGAUGAACAAUUGAUUAAAGUUCGAGGACAUAUAUCUCGACUUAUUAAAGAUAAUCUUGGACAAGAGAUGGUUUUCAAUAUUGCUCAGUACGUUCAAGAGUUUAUAACUACGAAUAACAAUGGCGUUAAAGUUUUGGUUAAACAAUCUUUUCAUGAGCAAAUGUUAAGUCGAAAUGAAAAAAUAACAAAGGCUGAACAAGAAAAGGCAAUGGAAGAAAUGGAUCGUGCACGUCAAACUGAAGAGCAAGAACGAACGGCAGAGAACUUGUUAUUACUUCAAAAAAUUCAUGAGGAGGAACAACGUCUAAGGGCAAAGGUCGAAGAAGAAAAACAAAAAAGAAAGACCUUGAAAGCUAAAGAUGCGAAUCCAUUAACGGACGCAUUUUCAGUGUUUAAAACUGUUAACUUUGAUAGAAAAAUCGUGCUGGAUCCUGGAGAUUCAUCGAUUAAAGAUGUGGCUCUAAAGGACCGUUAUGUUUUAAUUCUGAAAGAUAUUGAAAUUUCUGAACCGCACUACUUAGAGCUGGCCGGCAAGGAGAAGUUAGAAGAUAUUGAGAAGGAUCUUGAUCGUAUUAAAAAGCUUCGUCAUUCGAAUUUAGUCACUGUAUAUGAAUCCGAGCUUGAGAGAUGUGAAUCGGUGUGGAAUUUGCAUAUUCUCAUGGAAUAUUCAUGUGGAGGCACAAUGGUUGAUUUAUUAAAAAAAUGUGCUGAGUGUGAUAUUCCACCAGCUGUCCAAGAUGUUCUUAGAACUAUGUUUGAAAA